AACCGCACAAUAGACCAACACAAAGGGGACACCAGGGUGAAUGCUCCUCCUAUCCUCAUAAGAUGUAGAUUUGCAUCCUUGAUGAUGGUCAUCUAAGCCACUCCAGGCCUUUUCUUUACGGAAGGAGUCAUGUACAUCAUGCUGGGCUGAGAAGCUGACAUAUUUUAAGGCUUUCAUCAUAAAAUCAGGAUUAAUAUUCACCAAGAUCGGCUGCGUUUGCGACUAGAUUCGAUCAGGAUGGGUAAAUGCAGUGGACGGUGUACCUUGGUUGGAAUCUGUUGCCUGCAGCUGGCAGCUGCUCUGCAAAGACAAAUCUUUGACUUCCUGGGCUACCAAUGGGCUCCAAUACUUGCCAACUUUCUGCAUAUUAUGGUUGUCAUCUUGGGAAUAUUUGGUACUCUACAUUAUAGAUCUAGGUAUCUUAUAAUGUAUUCCGUGUGGUUGGCAUUAUGGGUGGCCUGGAACUCGUUCAUUAUAUGUUUUUACUUGGAAGUAGGACAUUUGUCCCAGCACAGGGACCUGAUCAUGAACUUUAACACCUCCCUGCACCGAUCCUGGUGGAUGGAGAAUGGGCCAGGCUGCCUGGUGACCCCUGUCCGUGGCCCCCCUUUGUCACUAGCAGAUCACCAUAUGGUAACAGUGACUGGGUGUCUCCUAGACUAUCCAUAUAUAGAGGCUCUAAGCAGUGCCCUGCAGAUCUUUCUAGCGCUGUUUGGUUUUGUCUAUGCCUGUUACGUCAGUAAAGUAUUAAUGGACGAGGAAGACAGCUUUGAUUUCAUUGGCUCCUAUGAUUCCUAUGGAUAUCAGGCACCUAUGAAGACCUCACACCUUCAGCUGCAGCCAUUGUACAAGCCUGGUUAGACAUAUCCGCUGAUGCUUCACCCAGCAGAGAUCCUCUGCAAUCAAUCCAACCUCACUUUUGUUCCUCCUAGAACAGACAAAAAAAGACAUCAUCAUCAUAAACUCUUAAUCCUGAUCAGUGAUUGAAAUGCCUUGAAAGUAGUUGGGCUGGCAUUGAGAUACUUUUUAAAAAGUUAAAUAUAUUAACACAUUAAACAUAAUAUUUGUUCUCAGUAACUAUGUGUAGGCUGUACCAUAGCCCACAGCAGGAGAAAAUAACUUUGGUUGAACUUGUCACCUUUGAUCUAUACAUUGUUAAUGAGAUUCCUUUAAAAGUCAAUAGCCUACUUACAAAAUCCAAAAAACACAGUUAUUAUUGGUACAAUAUUUCUAUAUAUUUGAUAAAUAUGGCCAUAUAUGAGACCCAACGUUCUCAUAAUCACAUCCAUCACUAUGACUUUGCAGAUCUCUCAAUUAUGUGCUGGAAGUCAGGAAACUGCAGUAUCAGUGUAUAUGAUCUCAUAUAUAUAAGGCACAGCUGCUAUAAGAACAAAGGCUUCAAUGGAAAGUUAUCUUCAAAUAAACUUCAUUCCAGUCCCCCUCCUACUGACAUAUGUUACAUGAUAUCACAGGAUGAGCCAGACUUUAGAAAGAUGUAGUGGACUUAGUGUAGCAGCACACUGAAAGGAUAAGGAAGUUUAGUGAGGGCAUUUAGUAAGGUUAUUUUAAUUGUAUUACUUUCUUUUUCGUUUCUAUAUACUAAACACAACAUAUACUGCUAGGUAUACAAUUCCAUGGAUCAGAAGGUUCAUUACUUAGCCUUAAUGACGUUCCAAGUUUUACAUGUGAUCACACAGUGCCAAUGUUGCACCAAUGUUAAAGGACAGUUCAGGAAAAACACAUUUUAAUACAUGUAUGAAGUUUCUAUAGAUGUUUGCAGCAGAGCAAUAGAGUAUAAUCAGUUUACAAACUGAAUGUAUUCAUUUUCACCUAUUUUGUAUUGUAUUAGGAAUGACGUUUUACAUUUGCAUGAGGAUGAAGUUGAGAUUUUAGCCGUAUUCUUAAUGCACAUUGGCAUAUUUCGUAAAAGAAGAAGGUUGCCUGUGGCCCAUAAUGCCAAAGGAUGGUCCUGGGUAGCAUGCUUUAUCAGUCUGUGUGUGUAUGUGUGUGUAAAUGAAGUGGUUGACUGUGCAAAAGUGUAUGUGCCCGUGUUGCACGUAUGAGUCUAUGCUGGCAAGAAAAAAGAUUUGCACUACCACCUAUGUACAUAUAUCAUAAUGCUGUAGUGGAUCUGUAAGGGGGUUGUUAACAUUACAACCUUUACUGUAGUGAUGUAUACAUGUAAUAGGGUCAUAGUAUUUAUGAGAAAAUGUCUGCCUGUGCUGCACUGGUGGCAUGUUUUGAUGAAGCAAUGCAUGCUUGACUAAUAGGUUGACGCUGCAAUCGAAGUGUGUACAUGCCAUUGAGUGUAAGAGCAGACAGGCUGCCGUGUCUGUGACAAGUGUUGUAGAAUCACUGGAACCUAGGGGCAUUCACAAAAAUGUCUGCCACAUGUCUGUUGCUGCCUACUCUUGUGUGAGAGAGAAUGGACAUUGUUGCCACCUUUUACUCUACUUGUAUAUAAAUAUCACAUAGUGUAGAAGUAUGUGCGCGGGGAGUCAGCAUUAUUACCCGGACUAUGCCUCUGUGUAUUGAUUUGUGUCAGGGACACAGGCACUGCCACUGGCAAUGCUGUACCUGAGCUGUUUAUGAUAUAGUAGCUAGUGUGAAAGGGUGUAAUAAUGUAUACAUGACAUAGCGGAACAUGGAGCUGUGACUCUGUUCUGUGUAUACGUUGUGGCAUGGAGUGUGAGGAUAUGGCUGGCAAGGCUUCUGUUUUGAGAGCUUCAGUACUCAUUACCAACAAGUUUCCUAAAAAGGGGACAAACUCCCUACUCUGUGCAGAAAUGUGUAAGGGAUUUUUUACACUGUACCUCAGAUAAUGUUGCUUUUUGUAUAUUUGAAUUAAAGUGUUCGGAUUUUUUCUCA